CACCAUAAUUUGAUACGGACAGAGUUCCCCGCCAAAUGAAAGCAGCGCGAAAAGGAUAUACCCUCUUCUUUUAAAUUUAUUUUAUUCUUUCGCUCUCUUAAUUACCUUACGAGAGAAAAACCCUACCCCGAAGGAGAAGAAUGAAGGGUGGGACGGUUCAGAUCAACUGGCACGACACCAAGCCAGUCCUAACAGCUGAUUUCCACCCUCUCUCCGGCAUCCUUGCCACCGGUGGCGCCGAUUACGACAUCAAGCUCUGGUUAAUAAAUUCAGGUGCAGCGCAGACGAAAGGCCCCACAGCUUCCUAUCAAAAUAGCCUUUCUUACCACAGUUCUGCUGUAAAUGUCCUUCGGUUCUCUCCUUCUGGAGAACAACUCGCAUCCGGUGCUGAUGGAGGUGAACUGGUCAUUUGGAAGUUACACCCCACAGACACAGGUCAAACAUGGAAGGUUUUCAAGACUUUAUCAUUUCACAGGAAGGAUGUCCUGGACCUGCAGUGGUCUGCCAAUGGUGCAUUUCUUAUUUCUGGGUCUGUUGAUAAUUCUUGCAUCGUGUGGGAUAUGAGCAAAGGUUCUGUCCAUCAGAUCUUGGAUUCCCACUCCCAUUAUGUUCAAGGUGUUGCAUGGGAUCCACUUGCCAAGUAUGUGGCUUCCCUUAGUUCUGAUAGAACUUGCCGUAUUUAUAUUAACAAACCUCAAGCAAAAACUAAAGGCAUGGAAAAGAUUAAUUAUGUUUGUCAAAAUGUCAUUACAAAGGCAGAACAGCCAUCAGUAGAUGAUUCUAAGUCUGUAAAAAACCAUCUUUUCCACGAUGAAACGUUGCCAUCUUUCUUCCGAAGAUUAGCCUGGUCACCUGAUGGGUCAUUUUUACUUGUGCCUGCAGGUUCUUACAAGAUUUCACCUGCAUCUGAAACAGUAAAUACAGCUUACAUAUUUUCCAGAAAGGAUCUCUCGAGGCCUGCUCUACAACUUCCAGGUGCCAGUAAACCCAUCGUGGUGGUUCGUUUCUGUCCCGUAGUUUUUAGCCUCCGGGGAUCUAAUCCAGCUACACACUUUAAGCUCCCUUAUCGCCUCAUUUUUGCGGUUGCUACUUUGAAUUCUUUAUACAUUUAUGACACGGAGAGUGUUCCUCCAAUUGCAAUACUGGCCGGUCUUCACUAUGCAGCCAUAACGGACAUUACGUGGUCACCUGAAGGCCAUUACUUGGCAUUAUCCUCCCAAGAUGGUUACUGUACGUUACUAGAAUUUGAGCACGACGAACUGGGAUCGCCCAUCUCUUUAUCAGAAGAAACAAAAGUCACGGGUGAUGAGAAUAGGGACCCUGUUCAGAAGCCAGAGGAGAUGAUAAUUGAUGUAACUAAGAGCGAUGCUGCAGCAGAGAGCACUACAUCAGAACCAGGAAAGAAUGAAGGGAAACUAGCAUCACCAAGCUCAACAAGUACUCCCAUCUCAAAUAAACCAGCUAAGAGGCGUAUUACUCCCAUGGCAAUUGAUCCUUGAUUUCCCACUCUCGCCUUUGUAAAUCUUGGCAUAGUCUGUCUUUCAAGGUUUCAUCUAUUUAGGUUUUUAUAUUAAUUUUCAAGUGUAAAAGAGAUGGAUUCGACGAUCUUAGUAAUAGAUGGGUAAAAGAGAACCUCUCCCCCUCUGUGUUCCUUUUUU